GGAAACUUUUAUACAAGAGAAAUUUGAUGUGAACAAUUGCUUAACUUAUAUACUAUGUAAUCUUGAAUUUAACGGAGCUAAUACUUUUUCUAAGUCAUUAAUUACUGAUAAACUUUCUAUAUUUCUCAACUUCUCUUACGACCCAAUUCCUGAAAUGUAUUGUAUCUAUGCUUUCAAGUAAUGCAGAAACAUGGACCAUGAUAUCGAAGAGGGGCUGCCGGCCUCGCAGGCCAGCUCUCACUUCCCGCUACUAGAACCCAUUUCGGGCGCGACGCUAUAUAAGCUCGAGUCAGCGCGUCGCGAGACUCUUAGGCGUCGCGGACGAGUACGGACUGGCUGCGCCGAGGUGGAUGACGCGGUGCUGUUGGGCGGCUUGGAGCGCGGGUCCGUUGUGGGGGUCAGUGCUGAGGAUGUCGAAUUCGGGCUUUUGGUCGGGCUGCAGAUCGUGGCGCAUACGAUGGUCUUUGAGGGUGCAAAUAAGCAGAGAGCGGCUAUUGUUACUACGUUGACGCCGGCGGCGAUACUGCCGGUGCUAAGGGAUGUUAUUAGAGCACAGGUCCAGGUUGCUUUAGGCCCGACGGCGAAUCAGAAGCAGGAUGUUGUGAAUGCGGAAGUGAGACGUUGUCUUGAGCGGAUUUCUAUCUCGAGGGUUUUUGAUAUCGAGGGCUUGUGGGAGGUCCUCAGUGAGCUUGAGACGCCAGCGUCUUUUGGGCGUGAUGCUGCUGCUCCUGAGGGAAAAGAAGAAGAGGUACCUUCUACUACGACUACUACUGAAGAUAAGGAGCAUUCGGCUCACGCUGAGCUGCUCGGUCUAUUCCCGCCAGGCAUGUCAAAAGAAGAGGACAAGGAUGAGACAGUAGAGGACAUUCCUCCAUCACCGCCGCCCAAGACGAAGCGGAUGGAAGUGGCAGACAGCGAAGACGAAGAAGAGUUGAGUUUAUCACCACCGUCUCUACCAGAACAACAGCCAUCCGCAUCACCACCGCCAUCCUCUCUUCCAAAAGCAUCUCCAUCUCCCGCCCCUCCUCCCGCCAUACCACCCGCACAAACCACAACUCCCAGCCCAGCAUCUACAGGAAACCACGAAAAGCCCCCACACAUCCCAGACCUAAUCCUCAUAACGCACUUCUCAGCCCUCCUCGCAAACCUCUUCACCCGCUCCGCAGACAACAAGGCCGGCGCGCACACUACCCUGCAACUGCUAUCCUCGCACCUGCGGUAUCUAGCCCGGUCGUCUGCCGGGCCGCUUGUCAUGCUUCUCAAUAGCACUACUGCCGCCACCACUACCGCUGCUUCUAUAUCCACACCCGUUGGUGGCCCGUCGACUUCUGCUGGCACCUCGCACGUUCCGCAGAACCCCGCCUCAGCAGCAGCAACAGCGAAAGACCGCCCCCUGGAGCCUACGCUCCGCUCUGUAUUCCUUCCUGCGGGGGGGAGACGGCAGAGUAAACCCGCGUUCGGUGCUACGUUUGCGCAGUUCCUCGACUUGCAUCUGCUCUGCACCCGGGUGCCGCGGGCGCGGGCUGAUGCGGAGGCGUUGGCUGCGGGGACGUCGGGGCUGGGGAGGUGGUGUUGGGUUGUGGAGGUUUUGCUUGAUGAGCUUGGGGUGGAGGGAUCUAGGGGUGGUGGCGAGGGUGAUAAUAAGGCUUUGGAUGGUGGUGGUGGUAAUGGGAGGACGUGGAAGAGUAGAGAGCAGCGAUGGGGUGCUGUGGAUGUACGUGGGAAGGUUAGGCUUGUUGAUGCGAUUUUGGGAGGCUAGGGGGUAAAGUUGAGGAUGAAACCCCUGGAAGGGUUGUUGCUGGAUUUAGGGAAUUCCUGAUUACUAGUCCUGAAGGACGAUGAAGAUUAUGGAUGUCUGAGGAUCGUAGAUGAGUAGGUCUAUUGCUAUACCUACCUACCUACCUAUCUAUCUAAACCAAACCAAAAACUUCACAAACCCAGGUUACCUACCUAACUAACAUAAUACUCGCGCAGAAACUAGAUCUAACGAACGUCGCUUUCGUUUGCGUGAUGCUGCAUAUAUACUCGUCAUAA